GUUGAUUACACUCGUGAUUUCAUACAACGCCAUUUUCUUUGUGUGCACUGUUGGAGUAGGAAUUAUCAUUGCUCCAAUUUCUCUAAAUUUCAAGUUAUUUUCAUAAAGUUUCAACCAUUAAACUUGUUUAAUUGACUGUGAUAUAAAGUGUUCGCGUUGUAAUACGACAUAUUGCCAAAGGACUUGUUGUGUCAAUCAAAAGUGUUCCUCAAGUAGUAAGAUCGCGUGUUGACAGGUUUCUAAAAAGCUUUGAUCAUUACAAAAUAUUCAUUUCCAGAUUGAAUCACAACGAGGAUGUAUUGACGACAUUAUCUGUUUUGUAAUCAAAGCGAUUUGAAUUUCUUUCAUCAUUUCUUGAGCUCCAGCUUGGUGUAUAAGAAAAUAGGACAAAAAAAAUGGCGUUUCGCAAGAAAGUACUACUGAAAGUUAUCAUUCUGGGUGAUUCGGGUGUGGGUAAAACUUCGCUGAUGAACCAAUAUGUCAACAAAAAAUUCAGCAAUCAAUAUAAAGCGACAAUUGGCGCUGAUUUUCUCACAAAAGAAGUUAUGGUCGACGAUAGGAUAGUUACAAUGCAGAUUUGGGACACUGCAGGUCAAGAAAGAUUCCAAUCCCUUGGAGUUGCAUUUUAUCGAGGUGCAGAUUGCUGUGUUCUUGUAUUUGACGUCGCAGCACCAACAUCAUUCAAAUCAUUAGACUCUUGGAGGGACGAGUUUUUAAUACAAGCCUCGCCAAGAGAUCCAGACAAUUUUCCAUUUGUUGUUGUUGGAAAUAAAGUGGAACUUGAAAAUAGAGCGGUAUCCACCAAAAGAGCUCAACAGUGGUGUCAGUCGAAAAAUAAUAUUCCCUAUUUCGAAACUAGUGCGAAAGAAGGAAUUAACGUUGAACAAGCUUUUCAAACGAUAGCGAAAAAUGCUCUAGCUCAAGAAAGUGAGGUGGAACUCUACAAUGAAUUUCCCGAUCAGAUAAAACUUACCAACGACCAAAGGAAUAAUGGCAAAGGAGAUUCUUGUGCUUGUUAGGUAUCAAAAAUAGACAAGUUUUUUUUUGAACGUGUAUGGUUAAAACAAAAACAAAAAAAAGCAGCGCAGGUUGAAUUAUUAAUUUUGAGAAUCUCUGCGCAAAAAAAUUUUUUGCAAAGAAGCACUGCAAUCACUGAGAGCUCUUGCUAAAAAAAAAUUCCAGUGAAUGUAUCUCUAUUAUUAUUAUUAUUAUAAUUAUUUUACUAUUUUUUAAACUGACCAUUUGCGUUAUGAUCGAAAACAUACUCAGAUCGUUUCGAUCAUUGUUGCCAAUAAUUCUGUGUCUGAUUGAUUGACUAUCAAAUAGAAUAAAUUAAAUACAGAUUUUUACCUGUAAAUAUCACAGAGAAUUGCGGGAAAAUAAUCUCUAUUAGGAGAGAAAAAUAGCGAGAGAGAGUGAGAGAGAGAGAGAGAGAUAGAUAGAAAACUUAAACGCGGCGACCAAUUUCUCGAAUGUUUAGAAAUUAUUGUAACGUAUUUCUGUAUCGUCGUGUAAUGUUCCAUUGUGAACAGAAAAGAAAAAAAUCUGUUAAAAAAUUACAGACACAGACUAUGUUUUUCGCCUUGUGUUUAUAUAAUUAGAUGAAAUGAAACCACCAUCCUUUUUGUACGAAGUGGUUAACAAUUUAGCAAUCAUUUUUUUUUCUUAUGUUAUACAUUUUUUAAGUAGUAAACAUCACUUUAAAUGAGAGUGAGGUACACAUAGGCUUAUUCAAUUUAUUACGUGUUCGUAAUCUUUAAACAGUAAUAUUGGGUAAUUAUAAUCUAUUGAGAUUUUUAUUGCAUCGUUAGAAUAUUAUUAAGGGAUAAGGUAAAAAAAAAAACUUUUUCUGCAUGCAGUUAAAAAGAGAGUUUGUCGGAUUAUUAUUAUAUAUAAAGAAAGCAGAUUUUACAGAGCUUAAGCUCAAUAAUCCUGUAAAAUAAUAAUUUUAAAAAAAAAGUGGCAACUCAAUGAAGUGUGGGAAAAAAAUUAUGACGAAUUUGGUUGUUUUUUUGUAGUUACGUCACUGUUAUACAGUUGCAGAAAGAAAUCUAUCAUAUAUAUUAUACUCCAAA